AAAACUUUUUCGAAAUUUCGAAAGGUGGUGAUUAUUUUGAACGAGUACUCGAAUAAAUCGAAAGAUUUUCGAGUUUUCAACGCCCCGAAAUGUAUAUUUGAGGAUUUCCUCUCGUUCCUGUGCCAUUGACGUGAUCCGAAUAGUGCAGAAUGCCAUCGGUCGACGUCCCUGUACCUGUGGCUCCGGCGCCGGAAAACCCAGAACCUCCUAAGGAAUCAGCUCCGGCAACGCUUCCAGUCAUCGGAAUCAUCUAUCCGCCUCCCGAAUACAGAAAUAUCGUUGACAAAACUGCUAAUUUCGUUUCUAGAAAUGGACCCGAAUUUGAGUCUAAGAUUAAGAAAAAUGAGCAAGGUAAUCCCAAGUUCAGCUUUCUCAACACCGGAGACCCUUAUCACGCGUACUAUCUGCAUAAAGUCAAGGAGUUCAAGGAAGGUAGAGGUCAAGAUGGUCAAAGUGGCACCGACGGUCAGAAAAGUGUAACAUCGGCAACUCACGCCAAACAACAAGAACUUCUAUCCAAAGUUCAAAUAAUAGAACAACCAUUCGUACCGAAAGAUCCUCCUCCUGAAUUUGAGUUCAUUUGCGAUCCUCCUAGCAUUUCAGCUCUCGAUUUAGAUAUUGUUAAAUUGACAGCUCAAUUCGUGGCUCGAAACGGUCGUAAUUUUCUAACAACGUUGAUGAAUAAAGAACAGCGAAAUUAUCAGUUCGAUUUUUUAAGACCUCAGCAUAGUUUAUUUCAAUAUUUCACCAAGUUGCUGGAACAAUACACUAAGGUUUUAAUUCCUCCUAAAGAUCUAACGAAUAAAUUACGCGAAGAAAGCACUCAUCCUCAAGUAGUCUUAGACCAAGUGAAAUACAGAGCGGACUGGCAACGUCAUCAAGAAGCUCAAAAACGAAAAGAAGAAAUGAUCAUCGAGAAAGAAAGAAUCGCUUAUGCUCAAAUCGAUUGGCACGAUUUCGUCGUCGUCGAAACAGUCGAUUACCAGAUGAGUGAAAUUGGUAAUUUCCCUCCUCCCACCACACCUGAAGAAGUAGGUGCCCGAGUCCUAAUGCAGGAUAGACAAACGUCGAAAAGAAAUGGAGACGAUGACGAUGGCAACGAUGAUAACGAGAUGCAGAUUGGAAGCGAUGAUGAAAUGAUGGAUAGAUCGGGUCGGCAAAGAAUCGAUAUGGAAUCGAGUGGCGAUGAGAGUGAAGAUGAAGCUGAAAGCUUGCAGAGGAGAUUGGAGGAGACGAAAUCCAGGGAGGGCAAAGAUAAUACGCAGGUCGAAGAUAUGGAAGAAGAAUCUUCCAGUGACAGUGAAGGAGAAGAAAAUGAAAUUAGAAUGCCACCUUUACCCAUUGAUAAGAAACAAUUCGGUGUUCCUGCUCCGCAUCUUCCUCCUCUUCCACCUGCUCCUGAUAAAGUUAUCGUUAAAAAGGGAUACGAUCCUAAACAAGCUACGAAACAAAUCCAAAAACAGACAGCGGAUGAACUCAUUUCUCCCCUUACUGGUACCAAAAUUCCGGCCAGUAAAGUACAAGAGCAUAUGCGUAUUGGUUUAUUGGAUCCGAGAUGGGUUGAACAGCGAGAUAAACAUAUUCAAGAAAAGAUUAAUCAAGAAUCUGUGUUCGCUCCGGGUACCGCUAUCGAAGCUAGUUUGAAACAACUGGCCGAAAGACGUACCGAUAUUUUCGGUGUCGGCGACGAAGAAACAGCGAUUGGUAAAAAAAUUGGCGAAGAAGAUGUUCGUAAAGAUGACAAAAUCACAUGGGAUGGUCACACAUCGAGCGUAGAAGCAGCCACCCGAGCUGCUCGAGCCAACAUUACGAUCGAAGACCAAAUCCACCAGAUCCAUAAAGUAAAAGGUCUACUACCGGACGAAGAAAAGGAAAAAAUUGGUCCGAAACCGGUAGUCAGCGAGGCGUUCAUAUCCAAAGGACCUGUAGUCAUUGCUGCUCCUCAUGUUUCCAAAACUCCUCUCAUCGGUACAUUACCAAAUGCAGUUGCACCGCCACCUAUGCCGAAACCUCAGAAUAUUACGGCUGCGCCGCCGAUGCCUCCGCAAAAUAGACCUCUACCUCCGCCUCCUCCGCCUGGUAUUUUACCUACUCCUGCAGCUCCUGUUAUGCUUAUACCCGGUGGUGUACCGCAGAUGCAGGCUAGACCACCGCUGAUGGGAGAAUAUGUACCUCAACAUCAACAAGGUUUUCAAAUGAUGGCACCUGGAGGAAAUCCUGUCCCUCAAGCUUAUAUUACUCCUCAACCGCCAAUGGGAGCGCCUCCUAUUCAGCCUGGUAUGAAACAUCCGUUAGAUAAGCCUGAAGAGGAACCUUUGGUGAAGAAACCUAGAACCGAAGAAUCACUUGAACCAGAACGUGUCUUUUUGGAAAAGUUUCUGGCUCAGGGACCUGUCAAGUUCAAAGUUGUUCUACCCAGCAUGCCAGACAAGGCCGAAUGGAAACUGAAUGGACAAAUCAUAGAACUGAGUAUGCCUCUCACCGAUUCGAUCGCUGUGAUUAAAACCGAAAUUCAUAAAUUAACUAGUAUGCCAACCGGAAAACAAAAGCUGAAUUGGGAAGGUUUGUUCUUGAAAGAUGCCAAUUCAUUAGCUUAUUAUAAUAUCACUCCGGCUACGGUGCUGCAACUACAGCUCAAAGAAAGAGGUGGCAGGAAGAAAUGAUCCAAUAUAUAAGCUGAAUAAUAAUAGUAUUGUGAAUCUGUGUAUAUAUUUUAAUAAAAUUUCAUUUUAUCGGUAA